GUAUUUUGCUUCAUGGGUAUGCUACUGAAGGAUGCUUUCCUGAUAUGAUUGAUGUCUUUAAUUCAAUGGAAAACAAUGGAACGCAGAGUGAAUCCUGAUAUAGUCACCUAUUCCAGCAUAAUAGCUGGACUUUCCAGAUUGGGUAGGCUGACUGAGGCCAUGGAAAAAUUCAAUCAGAUGAUUGCCUUGGGAGUACAACCGAACAAAGUUGUUUAUCACACGCUGAUUCAGGGUUUUUGCAUAGAUGGUGAUUUGGCUAAAGCUAAGCAGUUGGUUUCUGAAAUGAUGAACAGAGGUAUUCCUCGUCCUAACAUUUCGUUCUUUAGUUCACUAAUAAAGAGUCUCUGCCAAGAAGGAAGGGUUAUGGAUGCCCAUGAUAUCUUUGACUUGGUUAUAGACAUGGGUGAGAGGCCUGAUGACAUUUUAUUUAAUUCACUGAUUGACGGAUACUGCUUAGUCAGGAAGAUGGAUAAAGCAUUAAAAGUACUUGAUGUCAUGGAAUCAGUUGGUGUUGAGCCUGAUGUUAUUACAUACAAUACACUUGUUAAUGGCUAUUGUAGAAAUGGAAGG